GGCAUGGGCUUCAGUCUGUUUGCCAGCCUCGACAUGGAACGUUGGCAUAAUCGGGUGGCCGUGGUGACCGGAGCCAGCUCGGGUAUUGGGGCGGAGUUGGCCAGGAAACUGAUCGCCGCUGGCGUGGUGGUGGUGGCCCUGGCCCGACGCCUCGAUCGGCUGGUGCAGCUGUCCCAAGAGCUGGGCCCGCAGCUGCACAUCCGCCAGUGCGAUGUCACGGACGUGGACUCGGUGAAUGCCGCCUUCGACUGGAUCGAGGAGCGGCUGGGCGGCGCUGACAUACUGAUCAAUAAUGCCGGCAUGCUCUCGGGCGGCCAACUGCUGACCAUGGCCCUGGACACGGUCCAGCAGGUGCUGCAGACGAACAUCAUGGGCGUGAUCUACUGCACGCAGCGCGGCUUCCAGUCGAUGCGCCAGCGCUCGGCGACCGGCCAUGUGGUGCUGCUGAACAGCAUCGUGGGCCACUAUCUGUUCAAUUCGCUGCCGGGCAGCCAGCAGGAGCUCAAUGUGUAUCCUGCCACCAAGCACGCGGUGACAGCCCUCACAGAGCUUUUUCGCCAGGAGAUGCGCGAGUUCAAGACCCAAGUGAAGGUUACGAGCAUCAGUCCGGGCCUGGUGGACACGGAGAUGGUGCCAGAGGCCUACAAGUGCCUGCCCAUGCUGCAGGCCGAGGAUGUGGCCAAUGCCAUCAUGUACGCCCUGGCGACCCCAGCCCAUGUGCAGGUGCACGAGCUGACCAUCAAGCCCCUGGGCGAGCCAUUUUGAGUGACAUCCGAACGCUGGCCAACAGGGGGCCUAAUCGGACGAGAAUAAGGUAUGGAAAUACCCCAAGAAUCCUGAAACACUUAUGGCAGGCAAUAAUCGGAAUAAGUAUCGUCUAUCGCCCUCUGAAGAUCAAUAUAAAUUAUCGAAUAAAUAAUUUUUAUUUUAUUUUAAUUAUUUGUAUC